AGUCACGUGUCUUUUGUAUGUGGGCGUGUCUUCGGCGAGCCAGCUCGGAUGACUCAUAGCUCAUUGCGGAAGUGCUCGUUCUUCCCCACCUAAUUACAAUUUUGAAUCGUCUUAACAACACGGAAUAAUUAAUGGGUCGUAUUUAUCAAUUGGAACGAAAAUGUUGUAUAAUUGGACCCUUUAAUUCGUGUUAAACGAUGUAAUGUUGCUAGUUACUAUCAAACUAGCGAGCUAGUUAUUAAAAGUUCGCACAACGGACGCAUGUAAGUGAGAGUGACUCAAUGUUCGUAUGGCUCCCUAUUUAAACACUGUAGUCAACAAUAACAAGAGCUGGAAGAACUUAUCAGUCUUAAACUACGUUGCUUUUGAGACGCUCAACAGAUCAGUAUUUUUUAAGACAUUGUUGUGUUGUAAUAUCCAUGGUGCAAUGAUAGAGGAUGUUAAAUAUAUGUUUAAGGGAGGGAAGAUAUGUUGUGCGCUACAAAUGCAGCCAGCCUGGCCCCAUACAGGAUGUCUUGAGACAAAGACCAGGUUGGAUUGAAGUCAAAGAUGACGGCGAAUGGGACUUCCACUGGUGUGGUGUGGGCUGGCUGAAGGAGAAUUUGUUCAUGGAGGAACAUGUAAGGGUAAACCACUUUCGCAACCAUUACGAGCUGACUCGCAAAGACUUCAUGUUGAAAAACCUGAAGAGGUUCAAAAAGAAUCUAGAAAGGGAGGCCAGCUGCAUGGAAGGCUCCAAAUGUGAUUUCUUCCCCUGUACCUUUGCACUGCCUAAUGAGUAUCAUCUCUUUGUGGAGGAGUUUAAAAGAAACCCUGGCAGCACUUGGAUCAUGAAGCCGGCUGCAAAAUCUCAAGGUGCAGGCAUCUUCCUUUUUAAAAAGCUGAAAGACAUUAUGGAUUGGAGGAAGCAUGACGCCACUCGCUCAGAAGAGCAGAAAGAUGCAGGUCAAGUGGAAAGCUAUGUGGCGCAGCGCUAUAUUGAGAACCCCUACCUGCUUGGUGGCAGGAAGUUUGAUCUGCGGGUCUAUGUGAUGGUCACAUCAUAUUUUCCAUUGAAGGCAUGGCUUUAUCGGGAGGGCUUUGCUCGCCUGUCAAGCACACGUUUCUCCCUGAGUAGUAUUGAUGACAAGUACGUCCAUCUCACGAAUGUGGCCGUUCAAAAAACAGCACCUGACUAUGAUCCUGAAAAAGGAUGUAAAUGGAAGAUCCAGAAGCUCCGUCGGUACCUGACUGCAAAACACGGACGGUUGGUAGUGGAAACUCUGUUCAAGGAGAUGGAUAACAUCUUCAUCAGCAGUCUACAGAGUGUGCAAAAGAUCAUUAUAAAUGACAAACACUGCUUUGAACUCUAUGGCUAUGACAUUAUGCUGGAUGAGAAUCUCAAACCAUGGUUGAUUGAAGUGAACGCAUCACCGUCGCUUGCACCCAGUAGUCAAGAGGAUUAUGACAUGAAAUACAGCUUGCUGGAAGAUACUGUAAAUAUCGUGGAUAUGGAGGGAAGGUUGACUGGGAAGGAGAAAAGAGUGGGCGGAUAUGAUCUCAUGUGGAAUGAUGGGCCUGUCUAUAGAGAGGAAGUCGAUCCUGAAAUAUUUGGCUGUUCGUGUUUAAAAGCCAACACAUACUUAGGGUGUGAAAAUGAUAGGGCGAGCCAGCUCAUUUGGCUUUUUAAACAUUUUCAAUCCCCAAAGAAAAUAAAGAAAGGCCCUAAAAGGGUGACCAGGACAGCGGAGAAGAUAAUCGGCCACCCUCUGCCUUCCCUAGAGGUCAUUGCUCAAUCUCACUGCCUCCACAAAGCAAAGAAAAUCCUGGCAUAGACAGAUCCCACCCUGGUCUGCAUGUGUUCAACCUGCUGCCAUUAGAGAGCAAAAGCAGAACAAACUGCGUUAAAAACAGUUUUUACCUAUGGGCUAUUAGGAUAUUGAAUCUGUCCCACAGUUCUUCACUGUUGCACUGCUAUUUGUAUCUUAUUUAUGUACUUAUUUUUAACUGCACCUAACAGAGUA